AUGACUGGCUACCACUACAUACAGGCCAAUGCUUCCGACCAAGUAUUACGAAACCGAGGAUACAUGCGUCGCAAAUAUGUUUGCCAAAACAACACAACCGCAGCUACCACCCUAUAUGGCAGCCGGGCAAGCAGGCCCGCGUUCUACGAAGAACGAGCGGCAGUAGGAGAUGUCCUGCAAUCCGCAGCCAGAAUUUGGGCAUUCGAGAAAGCCAACAUCGAGCACACCAAUAAGGACGAAACAUUGUUAUUGGAUGAUAUGACGACUGUCUAG